UCCAAUCACAGCUGAUCAUAUGUAAACAGGGAAAUGGGACAUGUACACUGAUCAUCAGAGCACUGAUGAUCAGUGUGCCCUGAUGAUCUGUGUAGCCCCAGCAGCGCCACCUGUCAGUGUCCAUCAGUGCCAGCUCUCAGUGCUCAUCCAUGCUACCUGCCAGUGCCCAUCAGUGCCACAUCAAUGCCACAUAUCAGUGCCCAUCUGAGCUGCCUUUCAGUGUCACCCAUCAGUGCCAGUCAGUGCCACCUAUCAAUACCAGCCAGUGCCACCUAUCAGUGCCAGUCAGUGCCGCCUAUCAGUGCCGCUAUCAGUGCCAGUCAGUGCCGCCUAUCAGU